GAAACCACAGCACGCUUUGGCAAAGAGGGAAUGCACAACAGAAUGGAUGGGGUGGCUGGACGAGAGCAGCUCUUGGCUCAGCAGAGAAUGCACAGUAUGAUCAGCUCAGUGGAUGUGAAAUCAGAGGUUCCUGUGGGCCUGGAACCCAUCUCACCUUUAGACCUAAGGACAGACCUCAGGAUGAUGAUGCCCGUGGUGGACCCUGUUGUCCGUGAGAAGCAACUACAGCAGGAGUUACUCCUCAUCCAGCAACAGCAGCAAAUCCAGAAGCAGCUCCUGAUUGCAGAGUUUCAGAAACAGCAUGAGAACUUGACACGGCAGCACCAGGCUCAACUUCAGGAGCACAUCAAGUUGCAACAGGAACUUCUAGCCAUAAAACAGCAACAAGAACUUCUAGAAAAGGAGCAGAAACUGGAGCAGCAGAGGCAAGAACAGGAAGUAGAGAGGCAUCGCAGAGAACAGCAGCUUCCUCCUCUCAGAGGCAAAGAUAGAGGACGAGAAAGGGCAGUGGCAAGUACAGAAGUAAAGCAGAAGCUUCAAGAAUUCCUUUUGAGUAAAUCAGCAACAAAAGACACUCCAACUAAUGGAAAAAAUCAUUCCGUGAGCCGCCAUCCCAAGCUCUGGUACACGGCUGCCCACCACACAUCAUUGGAUCAAAGCUCUCCACCCCUGAGUGGAACGUCUCCAUCCUACAAAUAUACAUUACCAGGAGCACAAGAUGCAAAGGACGAUUUCCCCCUUCGAAAAACUGCCUCUGAGCCCAACUUGAAGGUGCGGUCCAGGUUAAAACAGAAAGUGGCAGAGAGGAGAAGCAGCCCCUUACUCAGGCGGAAGGAUGGAAAUGUUGUCACUUCAUUCAAGAAGCGAAUGUUUGAGGUGACAGAAUCCUCAGUUAGUAGCAGUUCUCCAGGUUCUGGUCCUAGUUCACCAAAUAAUGGGCCAACUGGAAAUGUUACUGAAAAUGAAACUUCGGUUUUGCCGCCUACUCCUCAUGCUGAGAAAAUGGUUUCACAGCAACGCAUUCUAAUUCACGAAGAUUCCAUGAACCUGCUAAGUCUUUAUACCUCUCCCUCUUUGCCCAACAUUACCUUGGGACUUCCAGCAGUGCCAACCCAGCUCAAUGCUUCAAAUUCACUCAAAGAAAAACAGAAGUGUGAGACCCAGACACUCAGGCAAGGCGUUCCUCUGCCUGGGCAGUAUGGGGGCAGCAUCCAGGCAUCUUCAAGCCAUCCCCAUGUCACUUUGGAGGGAAAGCCCAACAGCAGCCACCAAGCUCUCCUGCAGCAUUUAUUAUUGAAAGAACAAAUGCGACAGCAAAAGCUUCUUGUGGCUGGUGGAGUUCCUUUGCAUCCUCAGUCUCCCUUGGCAACAAAAGAGAGAAUUUCACCUGGCAUUAGAGGUACCCACAAAUUACCCCGUCACAGACCCCUGAAUCGAACCCAGUCUGCACCUUUGCCUCAGAGCACUUUGGCUCAGCUGGUCAUUCAGCAGCAACACCAGCAGUUCUUGGAGAAGCAGAAGCAAUACCAGCAGCAGAUCCACAUGAACAAACUACUUUCGAAAUCUAUUGAACAACUGAAGCAACCAGGCAGUCACCUCGAGGAAGCAGAGGAAGAGCUUCAGGGGGACCAGGCGAUGCAGGAAGACAGAGCGCCCUCUAGUGGCAACAGCACUAGGAGCGACAGCAGUGCUUGUGUGGAUGACACACUGGGACAAGUUGGGGCUGUGAAGGUCAAGGAGGAACCAGUGGACAGUGAUGAAGAUGCUCAGAUCCAGGAAAUGGAAUCUGGGGAGCAGGCUGCUUUUAUGCAACAGCCCUUCCUGGAGCCCCAGCACACAUGUGCGCUUUCGGUGCACCAAGCUCAGUUGGCUGUGGUUGGUAUGGAUGGAUUAGAGAAACAUCAUCUUGGCUCCAAGACUCAUUCCUCUCCUGCUGCCUCCGUUUUACCUCACCCAGCAAUGGACUGCCCCCUUCAGCCUGGCUCUGCAACUGGAAUUGCCUACGACCCCCUGAUGCUGAAACACCAGUGCAUUUGUGGUAAUUCCACCACCCACCCUGAGCAUGCUGGACGAAUACAGAGCAUCUGGUCACGGCUGCAAGAAACAGGGCUGCUAAAUAAAUGUGAGCGAAUUCAAGGUCGAAAAGCCAGCCUGGAGGAAAUACAGCUUGUUCAUUCUGAACAUCACUCACUGUUGUACGGCACCAACCCCCUGGAUGGACAGAAGCUGGACCCCAGGACACUCCUAGGUGGCGCUUCUCAAAAGUUUUUUUCUUCAUUACCUUGUGGUGGAAUUGGGGUGGACAGUGACACCAUUUGGAAUGAGCUGCACUCGUCCGGUGCUGCACGCAUGGCUGUUGGCUGUGUCAUCGAGCUGGCUUCCAGAGUGGCCUCAGGAGAGCUGAAGAAUGGGUUUGCUGUUGUGAGGCCCCCUGGCCAUCACGCUGAAGAAUCCACAGCCAUGGGGUUCUGCUUUUUUAAUUCGGUUGCAAUUACCGCCAAAUACUUGAGAGACCAACUAAAUAUAAGCAAGAUAUUGAUUGUAGAUCUGGAUGUUCACCAUGGAAACGGUACACAGCAGGCCUUUUAUGCUGACCCCAGCAUCCUGUAUAUUUCACUCCAUCGCUAUGAUGAAGGGAACUUUUUCCCUGGCAGUGGAGCCCCAAAUGAGGUUGGAACAGGCCUUGGAGAAGGAUACAAUAUAAACAUUGCCUGGACAGGUGGCCUUGAUCCCCCCAUGGGAGAUAUUGAGUACCUUGAAGCAUUCAGGACUGUAGUGACGCCUGUGGCCAAAGAGUUUGAUCCAGACAUGGUCCUGGUUUCUGCUGGAUUUGAUGCAUUAGAAGGCCACGCCCCUCCUCUGGGCGGGUACAAAGUGACAGCAAAAUGCUUUGGUCAUUUGACGAAGCAGUUGAUGACACUGGCUGAUGGACACGUGGUGUUGGCUCUGGAAGGAGGACAUGAUCUCACAGCCAUCUGUGAUGCAUCAGAAGCCUGUGUAAAUGCCCUUCUAGGAAAUGAGCUGGAGCCACUUGCAGAAGAUAUUCUCCAGCAAACCCCGAAUAUGAAUGCCGUUAUUUCUUUACAGAAGAUCAUUGAAAUUCAAAGCAAAUACUGGAAGUCGGUAAGGAUGGUAGCUGUGCCAAGGGGCUGUGCUCUGGCUGGGGCUCAGUUGCAGGAGGAAACAGAGACUGUUUCUGCCCUGGCCUCCCUGACAGUGGAUGUGGAACAGCCCUUUGCUCGAGAAGACAACAGGUAUGGAUCCAACAUGGGGGAAUCAUUAAGGUCAGUAACAUCCAGGCUCAUUGUUAGCGUUCUUGCACCUCUCUCCAGGCUCUCCUUCACCUGUCUCCUCCACUUCUACUACCUGUCUUCUCCAAAUCCACAUAUGCCACAGCGCAUUCUGUCAGCUAUCAAGGAUUCAUCUGUUUCAUUCUUCAUGGGAAACACAGAGCUGGACCAUGUGGUUGCAGUUUACAGAAAAAUAAAGGGGAUGAGAUAG